AAGCUGAGGAGAAAGGAGUAAUAGUCAAAAGGAAACUUUCCAAUUUGUUUACAGAUUCCCAGUAGGCUUUUGGCAAAUGGUUCAAUUUUUGGGCACUAUUCGCCCUUCUUCUCUGAGCUACUUUGCUACGUACAAACGCCAACUCUCACUCCACAGCCCUCCAAUCACAGCUCCGGCAAAUGGGUUUUCUCCCUUUAGACGAAUUUUCAACUCUUACCUCCAAUCUUAUUCUGCAACUACGGGUGCUGGCUCACCUUGUGAGCAAUCAGAAAUCAUAUAUAUAGGUACUGGUACUAGUGAAGGAAUUCCCCGAGUCAGCUGCCUGACAAAUCCUUUAAAGACAUGUGCGGUUUGCUUGAUAGCUGUGGAAGCUGGGAAUAGAAAUAAGAGGCUCAACACAAGCAUCCUUAUUCGUUAUCCUAGACCCUCUGGAAAUUAUAACAUACUUAUAGAUGCUGGAAAGUUUUUCUACUACAGUGCUCUCCAAUGGUUUACUGCCCACGGGUUAAGAAUAAUUGAUGCGGUUAUAAUUACUCAUUCUCAUGCUGAUGCUAUUGGAGGUCUGGAUGAUCUUCGUGAUUGGACAAACAAUGUCCAACCCACCAUCCCGAUCUAUGUUCCCCAGCGUGAUUUUGAGGUAAUGAAAAAGACUCAUUAUUAUUUGGUGGAUACAAGUGUGGUUCUUGCUGGUGCUGCAGUCUCAGAGUUGCAAUUUAAUAUCAUACAUGAGGAUCCAUUUGUAGUACAAGAUUUGAAGUGACGUUAGCGACAUACCUGAAGAAACUUAUCCACUUCUGAAAGACUGCGAGCUCCUGAUUCUGGUGUACUAAUCCUUCAGAAUUGCUCGAGCAUGCCAAGUAAUUUAGAUCAGAAUUUAUAUAUCUUCUUAUCCUUCAUAUGCAAAUUAAAAUAAAACACCAAAAAAACGUAAUUUUUGUUGGACUUUGGUAUUUUAUCAUUUUAAUUUUCAAUAUAGAAACAAAGAUAUAAAAAACACUAACAAAACACUAGCAACCUUUGUAAA